GUUCGGGCUCCCCCUCUUGGGCCUCUUUCGGGGCCGUCUUCGGGCUCUCUUGGGCCGUCUUGGGCGCCUCUUGGGCUGUCUUGGGACCCUCUUGGUGAAGCGCUAUGUGGAUAAGGACGGGCGCUACAGUCUUGCCUUUCUCUCCCCAUCCAGUCCCCUGGCUUCUGGGACCAGCUGGAAGCUGCAAUCCUGGCGAUCCCAUCAGUCUGGAUCGCCGAUGGCGAGCAGGUGGCGCUGAGCAACACGGUGGUGGCAUGGACAGCGCUCAUUGCUUAUUUCUAUCUGGGCUCGCGCUUCAAGCAAGUGCACUACACCAGUUGUUUGUUGAUCUUGAUGUCUUGCGUGGUCGCUUUAAAUGUCCAGCUUGCGUCUGAAGGCCUUCCGGAGCCAGUGGCUUCAGAUGGUCGCGCCAUCGAAACGAGUACUGGUGUCAUGGCCAUCACAUACUUGGUUUGUCUCAUUGGUGUCGUUUCCUCGGCCGCGAGCGGCUGUUACAAGCAGAAGAUGAAAAAGGGUGUCGACCUGGACUUGAUGUGGGCCACCUUCUGGUCCGGCAACUUCCAGGUGCUCUGUGGUUUCCUCAUGUACGGGAUCAAUCGGAGUCCGUACCCCGUGCCUGGCGGCACAAACGUCCAGUCGCUUGCGAUGCUCGGUUCAGAUCUGGCCGGCUCGUGGGCCUGCUUCACAGGUCACGUGCCAACGCCUGCUCAAAUCUCUUGCACCACCGACUCGGCGUGGCUCUGGUUCAUCUGGUUCCUCUUCUUCAAUGUGUUCUUCGCUCUGUUGACGUUGUGGCUGACUGAGUACCUCUCUGCGACGUGGGCCUCCAUCGGGAACGUGCUGUGCGGAGACCCGUUCGGCAUCUUCGGCAAGUUCGGUUUCGUGAGCGGCAGCGCCUCGCGGGUGCUGCCCCUGGCUCAGUGGUUGUCUUCGGCGCUGUCGUCGAUGGCCAUGUGGGCUUACAGCACCGAGGAUGAGGUCAAUGCUGACGGUCAGGUAGUCUACGGGGUGCCGAACGACAGUAAAACGGGGGCGGAGGGGGUUGCAUGUUGCGAAGCGAUCUGACCUACUCUGCCAUGCCGCGGCAGGAUGUUGCGGGGCUUGGGCCACGCAGAUCGACUUGUCUGCUGUGACUUGGUGUGGUCUGCACAGCUGCGCGCCCGGGCAUUGGCGUGUCACAAACACACGUUUGUUUGCAUGUUUUGCAUCGUUUGUGCUGGGAUCGGUUGCCACAGCUCCACUGCUCUGAAAAGCGGCGGAAUCUGCGACAUCCCGCACGUUUGAUCAUGCGGGUUUUGGGGGAUGUGUGCCUACAGCGUGCCCUGCCGCGUCUCCCAAGCCGCGGUUCAUCGCAUCAACUCGCACAUGGCAGGCUGUCUCGUGCGGACUCCCAUGUCCUGUUGCCGGUUGUUCUUUCCAUGCUGCGGUGCUUGCUGGCUUGGCUCAUCCCGUUCAACAUGUGCAGGGUUCAAGGCUUUUGGGUCUGCGUUCUCGGCAUGCGCACCCGUUACCGACGCUCAGGGGCAA